UGUACUGUGUGGGUAUUACUCAUGGGUACCCGAAACCCACGGCUAUGGGGAUGGGUUUGCAAAACCUUUCCCGCAUGGGUAUGGGGCGAGUAUGGGUUCGGAUAUUCGAAAGCGUGGAUGGGGAUGGUUUAGGCAAAUCUUCCCAAACCCGCCUCAUUGCUAUCCGAUCACAUUCUUCCGUGCAGAUUAUUUUAAUGGUUAGCACGUGUCAAUAACCACCCCAUCACAGGCCAAGUUUAACCUAAAAUGGCAUUGUCAUAUGGCAAUCAAUGUCGUAUUCACUAAGGUCCUGGUACCCUAGCCUACUUCCCACGUUGUUGUUAUCUAGCCAAUCAGUUUGAAGGUUGUGUUGGAGGACUUGAGCGAACUAACUAGUUAAGAGAUCGAAUAAGGAUAAAAGUAGGUACUUCGGGGAACUAUCCAUCACCCUAGUCCAGGACUUCUAUUUAAUGACUAGAUAAUUAGGGUUUGUCGAAUGUGGUGAGUGAGCUCUUUUCUGUGGGCUUUCGUGGUUAUCCACAUGCCUCUUAUUACGCCUCCCCUAAACCCAUGUAAGUCACCUCGAUCUAGGCUAUCGUAUAUAGGGAAUUAAGACCAUUGCUCAUUUCAAUGGGUACUGCCCACCGUCCACAUCGAGGUUUCAUCCCGGGUUCUAUCUAGGAAGGCUUACCUACGGUAGGGAUUCGGUCGCCCCGGCCACCAUAGGUCCCUAUUCAUACAUCUAACCUCAAUUUGCUUGAUGGCGCAUAACCGUCUAACCCUAAAACUCCAUACCCAGCUUAGAAUCUCAAGUAGGCUAGUAGAGAAGAUUAUGGCUACUUACCCAAGCACAAUCAAAUCUAGAAUAGCAUUAAAAUCAACUAGAUAAACACAUUCAUUCAUUAAAAUCCUACAAUAUCCAUUCAUUACAUAAUAACCCUAGAACUAGGGAAAAUGGUGUGCUAGGAUUCAUAAUUGUUCACCUAUUGAGUAGCAUGACAUGAGAUCAUAGUCAGGUAUGGGUUUGGAUAUUUGAAAGCAUGUGGAUGAAGAUGGUUUAGGAAAAUCUGCCCCAAACCCGCCUCAUUGCCAUCCCUAUAUGGAUGAGUUUUAUAUUAUUACUUAUAGGCCCGUUUGUUAAUGUAUUGUGUCCGAGUUUAGAUUAUAUGCAAUUGGGUGAAUUUAUGAGUUGACAAACUAACUAGUAGAAAAUAUCCAACUGCGUAGAAUAUGUGGACAUUUACUGAACACGUUAUGCUGAAAAUACUUGUCAAUCCUGCUAUUCUAAGCUCUUUGUGUCUAUUUCAUACCAUACAAUGCCUUCUUCAGUUUCAACACUUUAUCUUCUUGGCCUUCAAUGACAUAUUCAAGAGGUUGUUCCACAUAGAUAUCUUCCUCGAGAUAUCCAUUAGAAAAGCUGACUUCACAUCCAUCUGAUGUAUUUUCCAUCCAUUUUGAGCAACGAGAGAUAUCACCAUUCUAAUAGUCUCCAUUCUUGUUCAACCACCCAAGCAGGAUACAGGAGAAGAACUCCCGACGUGGGGACCCGAGAAGGAUGGGAGGUUUAGGGUGAGCUCGGCCUAUACCAUUGCUACCCGUGAUGACAGAGAGCAAUGUGGUCUCACCUGGCACAAAAUCUGGAGGUGGCGACGGUCGGCCUCGGUCAAUCACUUCCUAUGUAUGGCGGUUAGGGAGCGUCUUCUCACAAACCAGGAACGGGCGCGACUUCACAUAGCUACUUCACCUAAGUGCAACCGCUGCAUUGACCAACCCGAGAUGAUCCUACAUGUGUUGCGGGAUUAUCCUUUUUCCAGGUUCUCUUAAAAAUUUUGUCCGGUUAAUCGCUAACGUCAAAUCUCUUGCUAAUUUGGCAUGAUAGUACUCUACAAUCAUGAGACAAGAUUGAAUUUGUUGUACUGUUCAUUUCACCAUCUUUUGAUGUGUUAAUAAAUUUGUCAUGGUUGUAGGCCAAUCUAGAGGUUAUCUCACAGGUAUUUUUAGAGGUCUAACAUCAAUAUCGUUUUAUUCUCCUCCCCAUAAUGGAAUGGUAAUAUUUGAAUUAUGUCCCAAGAAUAUGUUUCCAUAGCAAGAAAUGCAAUAAGACUCUACAAAUGAAUCAAUUCAUCGCUUGGAGGAGCCAUUAAAUUGGUAGUUUUCCUACUACUGAACCAUAUGAGAAUAAUUUAUCUUUUAAAUUAAUUACCAGUAAGAUAAGUAUAUUAACUAUUACUAGUGUAAGUAGUUCUUUUAUUUCAAGUACCUGAUUCGGGCCUAAUUGUACAUGUUUUGUCCGUGUUUUACUAAGGUGUUUGUGCCAAUUUCACUCCUAAAAGGUUGGUUUUACGUUAGGUUCCUCGUGUUUUAGUGCGUUUCAGGAUUCAACAGGUGAAACCAGCCUCAGAGUCGAAAGUUGGGGGAAAAGGAUUGUGUAUAAUUAGAUUGCUUAACAUCCUUAGGUUUGUGCAUUUAGGUUCUUAGCAACAUAAGGAUUGUGCAUAAUUCUGCUUAGCACCCCUAGGUUCGUGCAUGUUGGUGCUAGCAAUCUAAUUAGCCACCUAAUCUAGGUUAAGUUAGGGCAACCCUCAAUAUCGAGUUAAGCAAAUCUGUUAAUCGCGAUAAAGCCAUCCGACCUUAGAGUUGAAUGAGGGAGUAAGUCAACUACCGAUUGUCUAAACCGAGAGGGUCGAGUGACACGACCUCUCAUGCUUACCUCAGUUUAGCAAUUGAGAUUGUGGUCUCCGACCAUAUAUGCAUCCCUCGGCGGUUCACAAUUACCGUGCCCAAAGCAAUUGUUCCAAUGAACAUAUCAUGGUAGCAGUUAGGGGGAAGCGGCACCCUAGUGAUCCUUCCACAAAAGAGUUUUCAUAACCAAUUACCUUUGCUUUCUUUCAUUUCAAUUAGCAAACCUUUAAACCAAAACUUUGUUGCUAGAUAAUGAUUUCAACAACCGAAGUAGGGGUAGGCUGAUCGACCCGGGUUGAUAUCUAAAUACUUGCCCUAUACUGCACCCGACUAGAGUUUAAAAACUUGGCUCUAGUUGAGAUUUUAUUGUGGUUUAGUUUCGACCGAGUCAGUACCAUAUCUGGUGUUUAAUUCCUUACACGUUUGAUCUUAAUUUGAUGCUAGAUUUGAUGAAUCUGUCUAUGGUGAUUGCUUAGAUGUUUCUUUGUGAACUUAUAUAUUUAUCAAAAGUUACAUUAUUGUUGUUUGUGAGUGACUAAUAAUAAAUUUUCCAUCAAAACUUGGUAUAGCUAGAUUGGUUAGAGUGCUUGCUACUUUGAAACAUGGAAUUUGGUGUACACAUUUAGUUAGUUGUGAUACCAAGUACACAUGAUACAUCCUAACCGAUGGAAUCAAGUACAAAAGUUACUCAGGCAGAUAAGCUGUGACUAGUAAUGGUCUUUAUAAUAUGCAGUUAUAAAAUCUCUCAAACUCUGCACUUCAAAAGUUCUAUUUAAACAACUCAAUCCAAUGUGAUACUGAGCAGUGUAGUAAAUAUAUCCGGAUAGCAUUAUGUUCCCCAAAGUGCGAUAAGAUGAAGGAUACCUAAGUUUCCCGAGGACAAUACCAGCCUAAUUGGCUCUCUCAAGAGUUCAUAAAAAUUAACUUAAAUGAUAAAUCCGAUAUAUUUGUCAACUAAAUGGUUAAAUGAGAUAGAGUGCUACGUAUAAAUAUAAGUGGGGAGCUAGAAACGAAUUUAGUGGCCAUAUUAGGUGACAUUUGAGUUAAUUUACUUUUGUGGUGAGUGUAUCAUUGACAAACAAAACACACAUUAUUAUCAGUGUGAAUGACGAAAAAAAUUAUAUAACCAUCAAAUUCUCCGGUCAACAAGUCGGGCCUUGUACUAGUACUUGCUUACUGGCUAGCUACGUUAAUGUUUCAUUUCCUUCGUUGAUCGAUCCAUGGUUGGCCACUGGAUCCAUACACAAAAACGUUGAUUUUAGGAAUUCUUCCAAAUUCUCCGGCCUAGAAUUUACUGGCUAGCUACGUUAAGUUUUCUUUAUUUGUUGAUCCAGUACUUGAGCGAUUCAAUCUUAUUCUAGGCCGAACCAGACCAUACCCACUCCCACAUAGAAAAGUGGUCUCUUUAAAAGCAAGUUAUAGACUUAUAGCUAUCACAAACAUAAACGAGAAGAAAAAUCCCACAACGUUUUGAUCUUAGCAUUAUAAAAUAUAAACAGUUUAUCAAAGGCAAAGAAGAUAGUUCCUUUUAGGAGUUAAUUGCAUGAUUGGUCACUGAAAUUAUAAAAAACGUUCUUGUUUGGUCACUAGAAAUAUUUAAUUCAUUUCUUGGUCAUUAACUUUACAUUUUCUUUUCAUCAUUGGUCACUCUUCGUCCAACUCCGUUAAGUUUGUCCUACGAGGCAGUCAACUCUAUUAGUUGACUGUUAAAUGAAUGAUGUGGCAAAUAAAAAAAUAUAAUAAUUUCCACCUCGGUGCACACAAGUACAUGUUCUGACCGUAGUAAUUCUUACUAUUCUCACCGUCGUCGCCAACGAUCACGAUCGCAGUGGACCAGCUCCAGCUUCUCCACAUUCGGCAUCGACCAGCGCUCCGGGUAGGAAUACACCGCCACGGUUCGGGUCGAGGUGGGGAUCACGCAGCUGCGGAGGCGGAGGGAGGUCAGGUUGGGAGAUUCGAGUACUCGACGAUCAGUUUGUGGAGGUCGAAUUUGGCGGAGAUUUUGAGGUGUUUGACGGUUGCACAGAGGGAGGUGAAUUUUUGGGGGGAAUUGAUUAAUUGCGGUGGUUAGGGUUAGGUCGGUGAAGCGGAAUGUUCGGGCGCGGUGGGUUGAGCUGUAGGAGUAGAUCCGGUCGAAGCGAUCAGUUAAUUCAGGGUCGGUGGGCGGCGAGUGAGAGGGUGAAGAGGUCGGCGGAAUCGGGGUCGCGGAGGAUGAGGAUCUUUUUGACGAAGAGGCGGAAGCGGUUGGCGUCGGCCGGAAGGGUUGGAAGUGGAGGGAAGUGCACCAGCAGGUGGAGAUCGAGGAAGGUGGUUUGGACGGCGACUCGGGUGUCGUACUGCUCCGCGAUCUUGGAUUUGUGUCGUAGAUGAUGCUGCUUCCUAUGCUGCUGUAGGGGCACUAUUAAUGCAAGUAUGCUUUGCUUCUGGGUACAUGAAGUUGAUGCAGUGCAAUUGGUGAUUUUGUCAAGCUCGGGCCUAAUUGCUACACUGUUUAACCUAAAUUCACAUGAAAGCAGAGGAUAUGGUGGUGUUUUUAGGGGAGGUGGCUAACGUUGGCGCAGGUGGAAAUUAUCAAAAAUUUAUUUUUUAUUUGCCACAUCUCUCAUUUAAAAGUCAACUAAUAGAGUUGACUGUCAGUCUGCCACGCAGGACAAACUUAACGGAGUUGGACGGAGAGUGACCAAUGAUGAAAUGAAAAUGUAAAGUUAAU